AUAUGAAUCAGAAAGUAAUCAUUAAAAUAACGCUCCCUCCCGAGGAAAUCCUCGCUACAAAGUUGCUUCUAUGCCAAGUGAACGGUUGCGGGGAGCAGUUCUCCAAUGCGUCCCAUCUGCAAAUGCAUCUUACCCGGCAUCAUCGGCUGCAGUCGGGAGGCGCAGUUGGACUCGGAAAUGAUUCUCACGUGAAACACUUUCACUGCCCCGUGGAAUCCUGUCUGUAUCAUCUCAAUGCCAGCGGCGAGAAGUUUUUCACUUCGUUCCGAAAUCUCAAGCAGCACUUUUUGAAAGUGCAUUCGGUCAAGAACUUUAUCUGCAUCAACUGCAACGGUCAAAAAUCAUUCGCUACAGAAUCGCUUCUAAGAGCCCAUCAGACAAACUGUGGCCAGUUAUUCAUUUGCAAGAUUUGUGGCUAUUCCUAUGGAAGCCGGGAAGCUCUGUUGACUCAUACCAAGCGGAAGAAUCAUGGAUACGAAGAACUUUUGAUGAGCAAAAACAGUAAACGAAAGGCCACUGAGAUUCCGCUUGAUGUGCCAGUAAAAGCUGUGAAGGGAUUUGCAAAAUCAUCGAUCCAAGUUCAAACAGAACUGCCAGAAGAUGAAAUUUGCGCAGCAGAUAUGGCAAUCAAAAAGUCGCAAACCACACAGACUGACAUCGAUCCUCCAGAUCUAGCUGCAAAGAUUGAAUGUUCCACUCAGACUGCAACAAGCUCUAAUCAGGGUUCAGUCGAAUCCGUGAAUGCAUCGACCAUGGACAACUUCUGCCAAACGAAUUUGGAGCAGUUUAAUUAUUUUGAGGACAGCAGCCUCACUUGCUUCGGAAAUGUGACCGUAGCAUCCAAUGCUUCAUCGGAAUCGGUCACGUGUGUUUGUACGGAAACGCAAACCGAUCUCAUCUACGACGAAAUGUUCCCGAACGAAGAUCGCACCGAUCCGAUGCUCUACUCGCACAUGUACACUCAAACGUGUGAUGAUAUAUUUUCCGAUCUGGCCCUGUCCACAAUUGAGACGCAAACCAGCUGGGGAGAUGGGUUGGGUGAAUUUCUCGUUUCAACAGAAACCCAAACUAAUUUGAUGCAAAGUGGAUCUACGGAGUGCGAUGCUGAGGGGAAAAUUUCCUCCAUUCAAACGCAAACCUCGGCCAGCAUGGAAUUUCUGAAUGCCAUUAGCUCGGAAAGUAGCUCGAUUCAUACGCAGACUUCCUGAUAUUGUACCGAUGAGGCUGACUAUCGAUUGGAUUUCUAGUAGAUGGACCAGUGAGGGCGAUGGACUAAAGGGUCAGUACUCUUUGUAUAGUAUUAGAAUGUUACAUUAGUCAAGAAAUCUAUGAUGGAAGUAGUUCCUUAAAAUUAACGAAUCUGGAUGUCGAUAGGUGUAUAUCGGGCUGUUCUAUAUUGUCUCGAGCCCAACGUAGGUAUUUAAAUUGUUCAACA